AUGUUUCAAGUGUCGCAUGUUGACAACAAACAUUCUCUCCGUAACGAGGAUCAGGCAGUUCAGUCAACCACCAGCACCACCAUAAACAACGACAUGUCCUCGGUUCACAUGUAUUCCUGCACAGCAACAGAAUCAUCAACGAUUUCUUAUCAAUCAACCGACGACAUGAUGAGCUCUGAAUGCAUUCUACAAUCAUCGUUAUUCUCAUCUUCUUCGAGUCACAACACCACAGAAUCAAAGACUGCCUUCUUCUCUUCAACCGAAGAUUCAAAAGAAAAUGCAACAUUGCAUCAAGAACGUCGCCAACGAAUAAUGUUGCCCCAUUCGAGUAGUUUGAAUGACAUUUCACAAAUGUCAGAUGAAGACAUUAAAAUUCUCUCUAAUUUAAGACGAAAAAGACACAACAUUGUACAUAAUGAUCCAUUGGCAUCGCAUUCACAACAACAAACUUCUUCUAACAACAACACUCCGGAUACUCCCACAACACUCCGUUCUCAUCAUAACAAUAUUCAUGAUAAUAAUUAUAAUUAUAAUAAUACUAGUAGUAGUAAUAAUAAUAAUAGUAUUAAUAUCAAUUAUAAUAGCAGUAACAACAACUAUGAAACGAUUGAAUCGGCCAUCAUAAAUAAUAUGUUACAAGAUUUUACAGAAAUUAUUAAUAAUCCUUUAUUUGGAGAACCAAUUGAAUUGUAUUAUUUUAGAGGAAUUUAUCCUGCAGUGGAUUCCCUGUAUGAAACCUAUGAUUAUGAAGCUGCCUCUCAAUUGUUGAGUUCGGGAUUGUUUGAUUUUGACGCUUAUUCUGGGUUUUCAUUUUUGAAGAAAUUAGAAGAGACAAGUGACACUUCAAGGAAACUUCGAAAAUUGAAUCCAAGUGGUGGCAGUAGUAACAAUUUAUUAUUACUGUCACAUACACAUCAUCGUAAAAUGGAAACAGCAGCAACAUCUUCCAAUAAUCCAUCACAAUCUCAUGAAUGUUCCUUCUCUUCUUCAUCUUCCUUUAUUCACACUCCAUCACUGCAACAACCACAACAACCCUACGAACAUUACUUUUCAUGCAUUCAAACAAAAUCAUUGGAACCUCUCUUCACAUCAGAAUAUCAAGAACAAUAUCAAGGAUUUAACGAGAGAGAAUCCAAUACUAAUAUCAUUCGAGAUGAAUGUGGAACUGUGAAAGCAGCAACUUUGGACAAAUUGAUUGUUCUAUUGACCUCAAAUGAAGAAUUUGACAAUCAAUUUAUGCAAUUGUUUUUACUGACUUAUCGAUCCUUUACCACCUCAUCAGAACUUUUAGAAAAAUUAAUUCUACGAUACAAUACUCCACCUCCUGAACAAUGUAUCUUGUAUGAGAGAGAAAACGAUUUGGAACGAUUGAACGUAUACUUUGAAAAUUUUCACACAAAAAUUUUGAAACCCAUUCGACUACGUGUUGGCCAAAUCAUGAGUUUUUGGCUUCAACAUUAUUAUUACGACUUUAGAGAAGAUUCACAAUUGAAAAUGAAGCUGGAACAUUUCAUUUGUGAAGAAAUGGAUGGAAGUGGAAUGAAAACUCUUUCAAAAUCUCUUCAAUCACUUCUUCAUAGAUCCUCCAAACGAAGAGAAACAUUUAAAUUACAACAAUUAGAAGAAGUGAAAUUAAGGCAUGAAAUUGAAGGAACUCUCAAUCAACAUUUCAUGUCCACCAAUUUGAUUGGGUCCAACACGAACAACAACACAAGUGUCUCAUCUCAAAAUCCUUUAAAGAAAAUUGCAAGUUUGAAUCGGUUAAAUCAUUCCGAAUUGGAAUCUCUCAAAUCUACACCUUUGUGGCAACUUGAAAAACGAAUGAUUUGUCUCCAAUUGACUCUCAUUAGUUUUCGAUUAUUUGAAAAAUUGAGACCCAAAGAAUUUCUUAAUUUGAAUUGGAUGAAAGAAAAUCGACGAAAGAAAGCUCCAAAUAUUUAUACCAUGAUCAAUCUUUCCAAUGAAAUUGGAAUGUGGGUGGCCACUGAAAUUCUCAAUUACGAAGAACCCAAAGAGAGAAGUAUUGUGAUGAAACGAUUUAUCAAAAUUGCAAGCGAAUGUGAAAAAAUUCACAACUACAACACCAUGUAUGAUAUCGUCUCGGGUCUGAACUCGAAUCCGAUUCAUCGAUUGAAAAAGAGCUGGGAGCUCGUUCCAGAAAAGUGGAGAACAAAAUUUCAAGAAUUAGUCGAAUUGACAAGUGCAAAGAAAAGUUAUGCUGCAAUGAGACAAGUCCUCCACAAUCAUGCUGGCCAAACUGUUUUACCCUAUAUUGGCAUAUUUUUAACUGAUUUCUUAUUUAUUGAGGAAGGAAAUUCUGAUUUUACCAAGGAAGGAAAUUUAAUUAAUUUUUCUAAAAGAAGAUUAUUGGGUCAAUUAAUUCGACAGGUUCAAACCUAUCAACAAAAUUCAUACAAUAUUGACAUUAUUCCAAUAUUACAUCAACGAUUGACUCAUUUAUUGUACAGACCUAUGGAAGAAUUAUAUGAAAUUAGUUGUAAAUUAGAAGCACCUCCUGCACAACCUAAAAAGAAAAAGAAACCUCUCAUUGUGUAUAGUACUGAAGAAUUGGAUGAUCAAAAUAGUCGUUUGAAUAAUCAACAAUGUGGAAAUGAAAAUGGUGACAGUUGUAGAAAUGUGAGUGCAAUAUCAACCACAGAUUCCACAACAAGCACGACUUGUGAAGAAAAGAAUGAAAAGACUGUCACAACACGCACAUCUAGAGCACCCAUGUGUGAGAUUACCAUUACUACAACUUCCACCAUGGUGACCACCUCCGAAACGAACGGAGAAACCAUUGUAACAUUAGAAUUGAGUAGUGGCAGUGGUAGUGGCAGUGAUGAAGAUCCUGCUUUGAUGACCACCGAAUCUCACAUCAUGAAUUCGAAUUAUUGA